AUGGAGAAGAUGUUCUGUAAUCAAUGUGAACAAACAGCUAAAGGUACUGGCUGUACGGUUUGUGGUGUUUGUACUAAAGAACCUAUUGUUUCUAAUACUAUGGAUGUACUCAUUUAUGCCCUUCGUAUGAACGCUCUUAUUGCUUUAAAAGCAAAGAAAAAUGGGAUUAAAGUAGAUAAUGAAUAUCAUGUCCUUACUUGUUCAGCGUUGUUCUCUACUUUGACUAAUGUUAACUUUAGUGAAAAAGAUAUUUCACAUUUUGUUGAACAAGUUUUUAUUCAACGUAAGAAAUUAAUGGAAAAAUUACCAAAAAGUGAGUUAAAUGGAGUAGAAGAUGUUGAAGAUGUUGCUCAUUAUAUUGAAACUCAUAUGUCAGACAAAAGACCAAACAAAUGGACUGACAACCAAGAUAUUCAAAGUUUAAUGCAAACAAUUGUCUUUGGAUUAAAAGGAAUCUGUGCUUAUGCAUGUCAUGCACACUUAUUGAAAAAAGAUAAUGUCCAAAUCUUUGAAUUUAUCCAAGUUGCAUUAGCCGCUGGUUAUGAUGGUAAAGAAAGGACAUUAGAAGAUUGGAUUCAUUUAACAUUAGAAGUUGGUAAAUGGUCACUUGAAACAAUGAAAUUAUUAGAUGAAGCAAAUAAUACUCUUGGACAUCCAGAACCAACAGAGGUAUUAAUUGGACAUAAGGCUGGAAAAUGCAUAUUGGUUACUGGACAUGAUUUGCAUGAUUUAGACUUAUUACUUAAACAAACUGAAGGUAAAGGAAUUAAUGUUUACACACACGGAGAAAUGCUUCCUGCACAUGGAUAUCCGUUAUUAAAGAAAUAUAAACAUCUUGUUGGUCAUUUUGGAACUGCUUGGCAAAAUCAACAAAAAGAAUUCCCAACAUUUCCUGGUGCUAUUCUAUUUACUACUAACUGUUUAAUGAAACCAUUACCUAGUUAUAAGGAUAGAGUAUUCACUACGAAUGAAGUUGGGUUUAAUGGUUUAGUUCAUAUUGGAAAUGAUAAAGACUUUACUCCAGUUAUUCAGAAGGCAUUAGAAAUGGAAGGGUUUAUUGAUGAUUUGAAAGAAGAUACUGUAACUACUGGAUUCAGUCAUCACGCUAUCCUUGAAGAAAAAACAGCAAAUAAAUUAGUUUCAUUAAUCAAAGAAGGUAAGAUUAAAAAUAUUUUUGUUGUUGGAGGUUGUGAUGGAGCUAAGGCAGGAAGAAAUUAUUAUACUGAACUUGUUCAAAAGAUUCCAAAGGACAGUAUUAUAUUGACUUGUGCUUGUGGUAAAUUUAGAUUUUUUAGAGAAAAACUUGGAGAUAUUGAAGGAAUUCCAAGACUUCUCGACCUUGGACAAUGCAAUGAUAGUUAUUCUGCAAUUGUUGUUGCUUUGAAAUUGGCUGAAAUAUUUAAAUGUGAAGUAAAUGAACUUCCAUUACACCUUAUUCUCUCGUGGUAUGAACAAAAGGCAGUUGCUGUUUUAUUAGCAUUAUUAUAUCUUGGAAUUAAGAAUAUUAGAAUUGGACCAACAGCACCUGCAUUCUUAACACCUGGAGUGUUUAAGUAUCUUCAUGACAAUUUGAAUUUAAUGAUGACUACCACACCUGAUAAUGAUCUUGCUAACUUAUAA